GUUUUAUUUAAUGGAAUUGAUACGUACAGGAGCAAUGUUGGACUCAGGUUCAAAACAUCCUAUCCUGGGCUCUGGGCACUGAGUCAAGGCAACGGUUUAAUUGUGAUUUUUCUUGAUUUGAACAAGGAGGAAUGAGGAUUUCCCUAUUUGGAAAGCUGAUAUGAUGUUCAUGAUGGAAGGAGAGGAAAAGCUGUGGGUUCCUGACCUCCAGGUCUCUGUGGGAAGGGAGAUCCUGAGAGGGGCCUGCACAGCAGGUGACGGGAUGCUGAGGGAGAGUGAGGAGGAGAAUCCCCAGCAGGAAGGUGCUGAGCCAGUGGAACUGCCCGGGAUGUUGUCAGGAAGAGUUGAAGGGGAUGUUUCCGAGAGUCCUGAGCAGGCAGAAGCCUGUGAGAGUCAGUGCAGGGUAUCUAGCCAUGACAGAAACCAGCCAGGGAAGGAAGGGAGUAAAACCACUCAGAGGGGAAGAGGAGUCAGGAAACUCAAAGAAAUCAUUCAGCAGAGAAACCGGAGAGAGGAGAGAUCCAUGACAUGUGGGGAAUGUGGGAAGAGCUUCCACUGGAGAUCAGCCCUCAUUGUGCACCAGAGAAUCCACACAGGCGAGAGACCCUAUAAAUGUGAGAAGUGUGAGAAAAGCUUCAGCCAGAGCUUGACCCUUUUUGAGCACCAGAGAAUCCACAUUGGAGGGAAGCCUUAUAAAUGCCCCAACUGUGGGAAAAACUUUAGCGCCAGGAGGUACCUUAUUCAGCAUCAGAGACUCCUCCUGGGAGAGAAACCCUACGGGUGCUCCGAGUGUGGGAAGAGCUUCAGCCAGAGCUCAACUCGUAUCAGGCACCAGUGAAUCCACAAGGGAGAGAGACCCUACAAAUGCCCUGACUGUGGGAAAAGCUUCAGUCAGAGCUCCAACCUCAUCACGCAUCAGAGAUCCCACACGGGAGAGAGGCCAUACACAUGCCUUCACUGCGGGAAAAGCUUCGGCCGGAGCUCAAUCCUUAUUCGACACCAGAGAACCCACAUAGACUAGAAAUUCACAAUUUUCUUUUACUGGAGUCUGAAGCAGUGCAAAUAAACUGGGAAAUGCAUUGUCUGGGGAGGGGUAAGGGAACUGACAUGCUGAGAGGCAGAGGGGGAGGUGCUGAUUACUGAGAUUGUAGGGGACAGAAAGGGGUGUGAGGAUCUGCGGCCCAGAUCCUCAAAGGUACUUAAGCAUUGCUCUGCUCAGUCUUGCAACACCUAAUUCCUCAGCACCCUGCUGCCCAGUGGAAUUCGCUUCCCUCCCUGUACAAUGCAUGGGGAGAGUUAGGUGUCCAGGGAAGAGAUUCCUGAAGCCAGCAAACUGUGCGGGGAGCCAUUGAAGCUAGCCAGGAGUGAAAUGCCAAGCCGAGGGGUGGGGAGACGAGAGGGGCUUAGCUGCCUAAGCAGCUGACCUGGUGUGCAGGGCUGACAGGCCAGAUAGGAUGUGUUUAUACUGCUGCUGAGAGUGUGCCUCAGCCCGGGUAGACAGAUUUGUACUAGCGGGGCUUGAGCUGUCACACAAUCAGUGUGAACAUUGCAGUCGGGCUGAAGCCGAGGGUGUUGGUUGGGCUUAAGCGCCCGAGAUGCAGCCCAAGCUGCAAUGUCCACACUGCUAUUUUUAAUAUGCUAGAUCGAGGCUUGCUAGUGUGAAUCUAUGUGAGGCUUGUUUUCAGCUGCACUGUAGACAUACCCAAUAGGGCCCUGUGCAGACCCCAUCUGAGAGGCUGGGCCCAGUGUAGCUGCCCAGAGCCCUUACUUGCAGGGACCCAGCUGUCCCUGUCUCACUGUCCUAUCUCUCUUGUGAGUCUUUCUAUCAUUUAAACAACAAGAACGUGACUCUGACCCCAUACUCCUGGCCAUUGGGGGGGUGUAUGGCUGGGGCAUGAGCGUAAAUAGGCAGGUGGAGGGGAAUGAAGAGCUGCAGUGACCUUGGGAUGACCUGGGGGUAUCCCUGAAAUAAAAGGUUCCUGGUGCUGAUGGGCACCUGGCCCCCAGGGCUGCCCAAAGCCCCAGCUGGCAGCAGGGAGCAGGUUUCUCUGGGCUGUGUCUCUGGUCCAUUCGCUCUGGAGGUUUCUCUCUGCUCAGGAAGGAGAGAAGGACUUUGGCUGGAUCCCCCCUGUGCUGCGUUUCUGUCCUGGGGGGAGCACAGAUUCAUUAGCUGCUGUCAUUAGAGUGCUCUGAUUAUUGCCAAGGGUGGGGAAUCACAACCCAGAUCCACAGAGGGACUCAGGCAUGGCAGAGCUCAGCAUUUGGGUGCCAAGGAAAUCACAGGAACAGCACCGUGAUCCACAGAGCCUGAGGUUGGUGCCUGGGCCCCCUCUUCAAUGAAUGGGCUGAGAUAGGUGCCCCUGAACGUGAGCCAAAA